AUGGCCAACCCCUCAUUUGUGCUCCGGGCCGUCAAAGAUGUCGUAUUUGAGGACAGGCCAAAGCCGGAGCUGAAAAACGACCAUGAUGUGCUCGUUCACGUUGCCCAGACUGGUAUCUGUGGAAGCGAUUUACUCUCCUACACUGUUGCACACAUUAAUAUGGAGCACAGCUGGCAGAAAGGCCGUAUCGGCCCUUACGUUCUCACCUCGCCCAUGGUCCUGGGUCAUGAGUCCUCAGGCGUGGUUGCCGAGGUCGGUUCCCAGGUAACCCAUCUUAAGCCCGGCGACCGCGUUGCCAUGGAGCCCGGUGUCCCAUGCCGUCGAUGCGAGUUCUGCAAGAAGGGAUCGUACCACUUGUGCGGCGACAUGAUCUUCGCAGCAACCCCUCCAUGGGAUGGAACUCUGGCCAAGUACUACAUCAACGCAUCCGACUUCUGCUUCAAGGUCCCCGACAAUAUGGACCUGGAGGAGGCCGCCAUGGUCGAGCCCGUGUCCGUCGCGGUGGCCAUUGGAAAGACGGCUGACCUCCGAGCUCACCAGACGGUGGUUGUCAUGGGAUGUGGUCCCAUCGGUAUUCUCUGCCAGGCCGUUGCCAAGCAGUGGGGUGCUAAGAAGGUAAUUGGUGUCGAUGUCGUGCCGUCGAGGCUGGACAUCGCCAAGUCCUACGGAGUGGACGGCACCUUCAUUCCGCCCUCUGCUGAACAGGGGACUGACCCCAUGGUGCACGCCGAGAGAGUGGCCGAGAUGAUUAAGCAGCGGUUCGGGCUCGGCGAGGGCGCCGACGUGGUCCUCGAGUGCUCCGGUGCCGAGCCCUGUAUUCAGUUGGGCAUCUACGUCGCAAAGCGUGGCGGAACUUUUGUGCAGGCCGGUAUGGGCAAGGAGAACGUCCUGUUCCCCAUCACGGCCGUCUGCACGCAAGGGUUGGUCAUCAAGGGAUCUAUCCGCUACCUAACGGGCUGCUACCCUGCGGCUAUCGACCUAAUAUCACAAGGGAAGAUCGACGUGAAGAAGCUGAUUACCAACAGGUUCAAAUUCGAGCAGGCAGAUGAGGCAUUCGAGCUGGUGAAGCAAGGCAGGCAGGACGUUUUCAAGGUCAUGAUUGCAGGUGUACAGUAG